AUGAAUAUUGACCUUUUAUACAUCGUAAAUAGUGAGAUCGGAGUAUGCUCCUGUCCUGUUGGAAUGUCUGAUGCUCCUUAUGAUCUCAUGGUUUAUGCUUAUAUAGCACUUGGUUACGUUGCCGAAAAUAAAUCUUUUUAUGCGACAUUGCAUGCACAACCUGUUCAACAGAAAGCAAGCGAGAAGAAUGAAGAAAUUGAUAUUCCUGAGCUUACUUCCUUUUUAGAAGUAGUUAAAUCAGAUUAUCAAAAUUCUGGUCAAACAUUUCAAACCGCGCUGGAUAAAUUUAAAGAUCGUUAUAACGCGGCAAAAUCAAAAUCUCUACCCCGAUUAACCUUCUUUCUUUAUGACCUCAAUCGUAAUUUAGACCCAAUGGUUCGUGUAAAAAGUGGUGCAAACAUACGAUUUCAAGUAGAAUCGAUCAAACGACGAAAAACAGAGGGAGGGAAGGUGGUUCCAAGCGGAGACUGCCCAUCUCUAAUAAUGAUGGAAAAAAGAAUUCGGACCAAAUGGCUAUUCCAGUCCGGAAAAGAGGAAAAUAGGCAAUAA